AUGGAGCAACUGACAUCCUUCCCGCGGCUGGGGGACCCCGGAAACAUGGAGCCGUGGGCACUGUCCGCCUGGCAGAGCUGGACUCCAGGCCGGGGGGUUGAUGCUGGAGGCGCACCCCCAAGCAUGGCUGGUAACCCCACAGAUCUGCGUGUUGGAGAACUGAGGCCUGAGGAGAGCUCCGAGCCUGAGGGAGCCCGAAGCCCGGGGCCUGUGGGGGGCAUUGAGCCUGGAAGAACAGCAACUGGGCUGCCCAGCCCUGCGCAGGGAGCCUUGAGCUCCGGACCUGGCUGUCAGAGGCUGGAGGACCCGGAGGCAGAGGCUUUGUCUAAGGGCAAGCUGAAAAUGGGCUUCGGGGACAGGCCCAAUCUGGAGCUGCUGAGGGCCGUGGGGGAGCUGCAGCAGCGCUGUGCCAUCCUUAAGGAGGAGAACCAGAUGCUGAGGAAGAGCAGCUUCCCCGAGACGGAGGAGAAGGUGCGGAGGCUGAAGCGGAAGAAUGCCGAGCUGGCGGUCAUUGCCAAGCGCCUGGAGGAGAGGGCCCGAAAGCUGCAGGAGACUAACCUGAGGGUGGUGAGUGCUCCCAUGCCCAGUCCAGGGGCCAGCUUGGAGUUGUGCCGGAAGGCCCUGGCCCGCCAACGAGCCCGGGACCUCAGUGAGACAGCCAGCGCCCUGUUGGCCAAGGACAAGCAGAUCGCUGCCUUGCAGCGGGAAUGCAGGGAGCUGCAGGCCAGGCUCACCCUGGCAGGCAAGGAGGGCCCCCAGUGGCUCCACGUGCGGGACUUCGACCGGCUGCUGCGCGAGUCCCAGCGGGAGGUGCUGCGGCUGCAGAGGCAGAUCGCCCUGCGCAACCAGCGGGAGCCGCCCUCGCCGCCCCGGCCCCCGGACCCCUCUGCCCCGGCCAGAGCAGGGGCGCCCGCCCCGGGGGCCCCGGGAGAGGCCAUACCCCAGGAGGAUGUGGAAAACCCGGCUGUGGUCCUAGGGGAGCCCGAGAAACAGCAGAGGGUGCAGCAACUGGAAUCGGAGCUCAGCAAGAAGCGGAAGAAAUGCGAGAGCCUGGAGCAGGAAGCCCGGAAAAAGCAGAGGCGAUGCGAGGAGCUGGAACUGCAGCUCAGGGCAGCCCAGAAUGAGAAUGCCCGCCUUGUGGAGGAGAACUCUCGGCUCAGUGGGAGAGCCACGGAGAAGGAGCAGGUGGAGUGGGAGAAUGCAGAGCUGAGGGGCCAGCUCCUGGGGGUGACGCAGGAGAGGGACUCAGCCCUUCUCAAGAGCCAAGGCCUGCAGAGCAAGCUGGAGAGCCUGGAGCAGGUGCUGAAGCACAUGCGGGAGGUGGCCCAGCGGCGGCAGCAGCUGGAGGUGGAACACGAGCAGGCUCGGCUCAGCCUGCAGGAGAAGCGGGAGGAGGUCCGGAGGCUGCAGCAGGCCCAGGCGGAAGCCCAGAGAGAGCAUGAAGGUGCUGUGCAGCUGCUGGAGUCUACCCUGGAUUCCAUGCAGGUCCGGGUCCGGGAGCUGGAGGAGCAGUGCCGCAGCCAGACCGAGCGCUUCAGCCUGCUGGCUCGGGAGCUCCAGGCCUUCCGCCUGCACCCUGGCCCCCUGGACCUGCUCACCUCCGCCCUGGGCUGCGGUGCCCCAGGGGACCGCCCACCACCCCCCUGCUGCUGCUCCACCCCGCAGCCCUGCCACGGAUCCUGCCCCAAAGACCUCGACCUCCCACCAGCGUCCCCGGGGCGCUGCACCCCAAAGUCUUCCGAGCCUGCCGCUGCCACUCUUGUCGGGGUCUCCCGGAGGACGCCGGCCAAGAGGGCAGAGUCUCUGUCCAACUCCUCUCGCUCCGAGUCCAUCCACAACAGCCCCAAGUCCUGCCCGACCCCUGAGGUGGACACAGCCAGUGAGGUGGAGGAACUGGAGGCAGACAGCGUCUCGCUGCUCCCGGCAGUGGCAGAGGGCGGCCGGGGCGGAGCCAGGGUGCAGGUCUUCCUAGCUCGCUACAGCUACAACCCCUUCGAGGGCCCCAACGAGAACCCAGAGGCAGAGCUGCCGCUGACCGCCGGCGAGUACAUCUACAUCUACGGCAGCAUGGACGAGGAUGGCUUCUUUGAAGGGGAGCUCAUGGACGGCCGGAGGGGCCUGGUCCCUUCCAAUUUUGUUGAGCGCGUGUCCGACGACGACCUGCUGGCCUCUCUGCCUCCGGAGCUGGCUGACUUGUCCCACAGCUCAGGCCCCGAGCUCAGUUUUCUGAGUGGCGGCGGAGGCGGCAGCAGUAGUGGGGGCCAGAGCAGCGGGGGACGCAGCCAGCCCCGACCGGAGGACGAGGCGGCCGGGGAGGCACCCAGCCCGAGCCCCCCACCUGAGGGCCUGGGGGAGCUCCCUGCCGUGCCUUACCCCCGCCGUCUGGCCGUCCUGAAGCAGCUGGCCCACAGCGUGGUGCUGGCCUGGGAGCCGCCUCCUGAGCGCGUGGAGCUGCGCGGCUACCACGUCUGUGUGAACGGGGAGCUGCGGCAGGCCCUGGGGUCCGCGGCACCCCCCACGGCUGUGCUGGAGAACUUGGACCUGCAGACCGGGCCCCUCCGGGUCUCCGUGCAGGCCCUGACCAGCCAGGGUGGCUCCGACCCGCUGCGCUGCUGCUUGCUGCUGGGGGCCCGGGCCCGCGUGGCUCCUAGCCAGCUGCGGGUCCAUCGGCUGACCGCCACAUCUGCCGAGAUCGCCUGGGUGCCCAGCAACAGCAGUUUGGCCCACGCCGUCUACCUCAACGGGGAGGAAUGCCCCCCUGCCCGCCCCAGCACCUACUGGGCCACCUUCUGCCACCUGCGGCCUGGUACCCUCUAUCAGGCCCGAGUGGAGGCUCAGCUCCCGCCUCGAGGGUCCUGGGAACCAGGCGGGGAGAGGCCAGAGCCACGGGCUGCCACCCUGCAGUUUACCACACUGCCAGCAGGCCCACCUGACGCCCCCCUGGAUGUGCAGGUUGAGCCAGGGCCCUCCCCUGGGAUCCUGAUCAUCAGCUGGCUCCCGGUGACGAUCGAUGCGGCCGGCACCUCCAACGGCGUCCGGGUCACAGGUUACGCCGUUUAUGCUGAUGGGCAGAAGAUCAUGGAGGUGGCCUCGCCCACGGCGGGCAGCGUGCUGGUGGAGCUGUCGCAGCUGCAGCUGCUGCAGGCGUGCCGCGCGGUGGCCGUGCGCACCAUGUCGCCCCACGGCGAGUCGGCGGACUCCCUCCCUGCUCCUGUCGCCCCCGCCCUGGCCGAGGCCUCCGGGCUGGCCAGGGUCCCCUGCGCCUCCCCACGACCAGGCCUGGAGGCCAGGCCGCCCCUUGCUGCAGCCUCCCCGGGGCUGGGGGACCCCAGCUCUCCUCUCCGGUGCCCCGACCCCCAUGGAGCUCAAGAGCCCCCGGGCGCCCCCCCAGCCAGCCCUCCCAGAGAGACGGCAGGAGGAUCCUCAGAGGAGCCCCCAGUGCCUGUCUCGCAGGAGCAGGCUGGGGCAGCUGUGCUGGGGGCCCCUGGGGACGGGAAGGCCAGCGAGCCCGCCUUGGGAGACUGCGUUCCUGGCCCUGCCACCUCCUGUGUGGCCAAGGAGGACGCUGAGCAGACCGCAGGAGAGGCCCGCCUGGCAGCCGGUGCCACCCAGGGAGCGCUGGCCCAGAGGCUGCCCAGUGCCAAGGCCUGCCGUGGAGGAGACGCAGGGGCUGGGCUGAGGCCCCAGGCUGAGGAGGACGCGGCCGAGCUGGGGGUCCGUCCGGGGAACUCCCUUGUGGACCAGGGCCGCACCUCGGACCUGUCAGACAUCCAAGAGGAGGAGGAGGAGGAAGAGGAUCUGGGUGUCAGGACCUGCUCCUUCCCGAAGCAGGUGGCUGGCCACGGCAUCGGGGGGCAGGGGGCCAAGCCCCAGCCCGACCCCUUGUGUGAGACCGACAGCGACGAGGAGAUCUUGGAACAGAUCCUGGAGCCGCCCCUCCAGCACUUCCGCAGCAAGAAGCUGUUUAGCAUCCCUGAGGAGGAGGAAGAAGAGGAGGAGGAGAAGGAGGACGGGGAGGCCGCGCAGGAGGAGAAGGGGCCAGGGGCAGGCUCUGCAUCCAGAGACCCGGGCCCGCCUGCACCCCUGCCUCCGGGGCUGGGCUGCGACGGCGCGCGGCCCCGCGGGCCUGGCCUCUGCGCUUCAUCCUGCAGCCCCUGCAGGGUUGGGGACCGCCCGGAGGACCCGCUGGGACUGGUCGGUGGCGGCAGCUGGAGGAAAGGAAGUGGCUCCCCCGAAAAGCCCCCUGGCCGCAGGCGGUCCCCGGAUCUCCGGGAGCAUUGCAGCCGGCUUCUCAGCAACGGCGGCGGCGGGUCCCAGGCGCCCGGCCGAGCACCGGGCCCUGCGCGCGAGAGGGGCGGCCCCUCUGCGGCCGAGGGCGCCAGGGCUGCGCCGGACCCCGGCGGGAGGGCGCGGCCCGCCCCUUCCAGGAAGUGCCCCCGGGGCCGGGCCCCGGAACCGGGCCUGGCCAGCUGCCUCUCCCCCAAGUGCUUGGAAAUCAGCAUCGAAUAUGACUCUGAGGACGAGCAAGAGAUGGGCGGCGGGGACAUGAGCAUCACCAGCUCCGGCUGCCUCGGAGACGGGGAGGCCUGGGGUGCAGCCCCCGUGGGAAGGCCCAGGGCACCUCCGAAGGCCGGUUCAGGCCGCCACCCCUACCCAUGCUCCGCGGCCUGGGAGAAGGGGGAGCCGGAGCGGAGAGGCCGCAGUGCGACGGGCAGAGCCCAGGAGCCGCCGCCCCGGGUCCCAGAGUCUGGGGAGCCCAGAGGGCUGGACAGCCCCGGGCAGAGUGGCUCCCAGCGGAGAGGGGGCCGGGCCCCCAGGCCAGGCUCCACGGAGCUGGCCCCCACGAGGAGCCCUCCAGAAGAAGCCCCGGCCCUCCGGGACCUCCCUGUCAGGGUCUUUGUGGCUCUGUUUGACUACGACCCUGUGUCAAUGUCACCCAACCCUGAUGCUGGGGAAGAGGAGCUCCCGUUCCGGGAGGGCCAGAUCCUGAAGGUGUUUGGGGACAAAGACGCAGACGGCUUCUACCGGGGUGAGGGUGGGGGCCGGUGGGGCUACAUUCCCUGCAACAUGGUGGCUGAAAUGGCCGUGGACAGCCCUGCGGGGACACAGCAGCUGCUCCAGCGGGGCUACUUGUCCCCAGAGGUUCUCGCUGAGGGCUCAGGGAACGGCCCCUUCGUCUACUCUGCAGCCCGCACCGCCGGGCCUCCCCCCAAGCCCCGUCGCUCCAAGAAAGGUGGUCCCGAGUCGUCUUCUGCUCCCCCUCCAGGGCCCCCCCAACUGGCCUCCUCUGCUGGCCUGAAAGCUCCCCAUUCCAUGGUGGCCGCGUUUGACUACAACCCCCGGGAGAGCUCUCCCAACAUGGACGUGGAGGCAGAGCUGCCCUUCCGGGCAGGGGACAUCAUCACUGUGUUCGGGGCCAUGGACGAUGACGGUUUCUACUAUGGGGAGCUGAAUGGACAGCGGGGCCUGGUUCCAUCCAACUUCCUGGAGGGCCCUGGGCCUGAGGCAGGCGGCUCAGACAGGGAGCCUGGGACAGCCCCGUCCGAGGGCCAGGACUGGGUCAGCUCAACCCAGGGGCCCGCAGCACCCCCAGGCUGGCCCUGUGCUCCUGGCCCUCGCUGCUUCCCCAAGGUUGAACUGGGGUUGCCACAGGGCCCAAGCAGGAAGGUGUGGGUUCUCCUCUCCAAGGGGAAGCAGCUCCUCUGGAAACUGGGCUCGGGGAAGAAGGAGUGA